GUAGCUGAGAGACUCUUCCACCCAACUAAGAGCCAACCAAAAUCCACCACCCUCAAGCCCUAGUCAGCUCUCAGGCUCUUCAACAGGUGGCACGCAGGCUCAAUCCACCCAAUCCUCCACCUCUAUCGGUUUCCGCCAAAUUACCAAAAUACCCCUAUUCACGAUUCCCCAUACAACCCUAUCAAAUGCAAAAUGCGCUGUACAAACGGCCGUGUUGCUCCACGUCAGUUUUUCUGCUACAUUUUUUGCCGUCUUCUCUAGUUAUUACUGCCCCAAAAGCUCUCUCAGAUCCUCUCUCCAUUACGAGAAAGCGUCGUCGUAACCGUAUUUUGAGUGGAAGAAUCGGAUUGAGUUCGGAUUGUAGAAUCAGGGCAAUGCCUUGUUCCUCAAUCGAGACUAAUACAUCUAUCUGUGGUGGUGGUGGUGGAGGAGGAGGAGAUAAUGAUUCUCUUCUUAAUUUCAAACUGAAUCAGUCAACCUUCCUCGCCUCUCUGAUGCCGAAGAGAGAGAUUGGUGCCGAUCGCUUCAUCGAAGCUCACCCUCACUACGAUGGCCGCAGUGCUCUUAUCGCUAUCUUUGAUUCUGGUGUAGAUCCAGCUGCUGCUGGAUUGCAAGUUACUUCUGAUGGAAAACCGAAAAUCCUAGAUGUCAUUGACUGCACGGGAAGUGGAGACGUUGAUACCUCAAAAGUGGUGAAGGCUGAUCCGGAUGGUUGUAUUUGUGGAGCUUCAGGAGCGUCUCUUAUUGUUAAUUCUUCCUGGAAAAACCCUAGUGGUGAUUGGCAUGUCGGUUAUAAAUUGGUCUAUGAGCUAUUCACGGACACAUUGACUUCUCGUUUGAAGAAAGAAAGAAAAAAAAAGUGGGAUGAAAAGAAUCAAGAGGAAAUUGCUAAGGCUCUAAAGCAUAUUGACGAAUUUGAUCAGAAACACAAGAAAGUGGAUGAUGCAAAUUUAAAAAGGACUCGUGAAGACCUCCAGAACAGGGUUGAUAUCUUAACAAAACAGGCUGAAAGCUACGAUGAUAAAGGCCCUAUCAUAGAUGCUGUUGUAUGGCAUGAUGGAGAAGUAUGGAGGGUUGCUCUUGACACACAAAGUUUUGAGGAUGACACGGAAUGUGGGAAACUAGCUGAUUUCUCACCUCUAACUAAUUAUAGGAUUGAGCGAAAAUAUGGUGUAUUUAGCAAAUUAGAUGCUUGUUCCUUUGUUGUUAAUGUAUAUGAUGAGGGAAAUAUCUUAAGUAUUGUAACAGAUAGUUCUCCUCAUGGUACUCAUGUUGCGGGUAUAGCUACUGCUUUCCACCCAAAGGUGGGAACAAACCUUAUUCUGUUUGCUAUGUUUCUUUUUUCUUUAGCUAAAAUGCAGCAUAAAUGUGAUCUCAUCAACAUGAGUUAUGGAGAACCUACAUUACUUCCUGACUAUGGGCGCUUUGUUGAUCUUGUGAAUGAAGCAGUGAAUAAGCACCGGUUGAUAUUUGUAAGUAGUGCUGGCAAUAGUGGUCCGGCAUUAAGCACAGUUGGUGCGCCCGGUGGUACCAGUUCAAGCAUUAUAGGAGUUGGUGCAUAUGUCUCUCCUGCAAUGGCUGCUGGAGCUCAUUCUGUUGUUGAACCUCCCUGUGAAGGGCUUGAAUACACUUGGUCCAGCCGUGGACCAACAGCAGACGGAGAUCUUGGAGUCUGCAUAAGUGCUCCUGGUGGGGCCGUUGCUCCUGUUCCUACAUGGACUCUUCAAAGACGUAUGCUUAUGAAUGGGACAUCAAUGGCAUCUCCAUCUGCUUGUGGUGGAGUUGCAUUACUUAUAAGUGCAAUGAAGGCUGAGGGUAUUUCUGUGAGUCCAUAUACUGUGAGGCAGGCUCUUGAGACUACAUCUAUUCCUGUGGGUGAUCUGCCAGAGGAUAAAUUAACUACUGGACAGGGGCUUAUGCAAGUUGACAAGGCAUAUGAAUAUAUCCAGAAGUCCCAGAGCUUUCCUCGUGUUUUUUAUCAAGUGAAGGUCACCCAGUCUGGGAAAUCAACUCCUGCAGCCCGAGGAGUCUACCUUAGGGAUGCUACAGCAUGUCAGCAAUCUGCUGAGUGGACAGUACAAGUUGAUCCAAAGUUCCAUGACAAUUCUAGCAAUUUUGAAGAACUAGUUCCAUUUGAAGAGUGUAUUGAGUUGCGUUCUAGCGGAAAAGCAGUUGUUAGGGCUCCUGAAUAUCUCCUGCUCACUCAUAAUGGGCGCAGCUUCAAUAUAGUGGUGGAUCCUACCAGUCUCAGUGAUGGUUUACAUUACUAUGAAGUCUAUGCAAUUGAUUGCAAAGCACCAUGGCGUGGUCCCCUUUUCAGAAUUCCAGUUACCAUAACAAAGCCUAAAGCUGUAAUAAAUCGACCGCCACUAAUUUCAUUUUCAAGGAUGUCAUUUGUGCCAGGCCACAUAGAACGUCGAUAUAUAGAGGUGCCGCUUGGUGCUACGUGGAUUGAGGCAACCAUGCGAACAUCGGGGUUUGAUACUACUCGGCGAUUUUUUGUUGAUACAGUGCAGCUUUGUCCCUUACGAAGGCCUAUCAAGUGGGAGAGUGUUGUAACCUUUUCUUCUCCAGCUGUCAAAAGCUUUGCCUUCCCUGUGGUUGGUGGCCGGACAAUAGAAUUGGUAAUAGCUCAGUAUUGGUUGAGUGGCUUAGGAAGUCAUGAGCCUACUACUGUAGAUUUUGAGGUAAAAAUUCCUCUCUGGAACUACAAAAACUUUCAUUUUCACUUCGGGAUUUUGAACUCUCCACAGGGGUCUGUAUUGCUGGGAGCCAUCUCUUAUGGGAAACUAUCAUAUCACAGUAAAGAAGAUGGGAAAAAUCCACAGAAAAAUCCUGUUUCUUACCAGAUAUCUUAUAUAGUGCCUCCAAAUAAGGUUGAUGAUGACAGGGGAAAAGGUUCUUCUUCAACAUGUUCGAAAACUGUCUCAGAACGCUUAGAAGAAGAGAUUCGAGAUGCAAAAAUUAAGGUCCUUGGAAGCCUUAAGCAAGACACCGACGAAGAGCGUUCUGAAUGGAAAAAGUUGUCAGUUUCUCUCAAGUCUGAAUAUCCAAAGUACACUCCCUUGCUUGCCAAGAUAUUGGAAAGUUUGGUUUCUCAGAGUGAUGUUGGGGACAAAAUCAACCAUGAUAAAGAGGUUGUUGAUGCUGCAAACGAUGUAAUUGACAGUAUAGAUAGAGAUGAGUUGGCAAAAUACUUUUCACUCAAAAGGGAUCCAGAAGAUGAUGAAGCGGAGAAAAUUAAGAAGAAGAUGGAGACAUCUCGUGAUCAAUUAGCAGAUGCAUUAUACCAGAAAGGACUGGCCAUGGCUGAGAUUGAAGUCUUGGAGAGUGAGCAAUCUCCAAGCUCAGCUGUAGCAGAAGACACAAAAGAUGCACCUGACUCUUCUCCUGAGGUGGAUUUGUUUGAAGAGAACUUCAAAGAAUUGAAAAAAUGGGUAGACAUGAAGUCCUCGAAAUAUGGCAUUCUCUUUGUGCUACGUGAAAGACGGUGUCAAAGGCUUGGAACUGCACUGAAGGUAUUGAAUGACGUGAUUCAGGAUAAUGGGGAACUUCCAAAGAAGAAACUUUACAAACUAAAGCUUUCAUUGCUUGACGAGAUAGGGUGGAAUCAUUUGGUAAAGAUGGAAAGACAAUGGAUGUAUGUACGCUUCCCAACUAGCUUGCCUCUUUUUUAAGCUUGUAUCAGUAACAAGAUCAGACAUACCAGGUUAAAUAAAUGGGUUUAUUACCAUGUCACCCAUUGUGAAAAAGUUGUAAUACAACAUUUUUUUUAAAA